AUGAGCUGCAGUCGCUCGUGUGUCUGUAGCCAUGGCAACAGUGUGGAGGAAAGUACGUGGUACGGGAUCGAAGCCUACCCCAGUCUCUUCUACAGGGAGAGCGAUAACCCAGAAGGACCCCUCGUCCAGUAUACCUACCGCCCUUGGCCUUCAUUGUGUUGGAAGGUCACCGUGUCCGUGGCGUCCCUGCUUCUCCUGCUCGGUGUGGCAGCCCUGACCACUGGCUAUGCAGUACCCCCCAAAGUAGAGCUGGUCAAUGUCAGUAGGUUCUCAUCUUUGGAUGAUCCAAUAGCCGACUAUAACCAAGCGAUGAUCACCUGCCGUGUGGCGGGAGCGACGCUGUGCGGGACAGCGGGGAUCCUGCUGGCUGUCUGCCUCUUCUUGGCCACCUCCAGUUGGCUGAACCAGGACAUCAAAGCAGAGCCCUUGGUCUCCGAAGCUGACAGCCCUGUGGAGGUCUUCAGAGAUGAGCCCGAGCAGCUGUCCCCUGGCUUCCAUGAUGUCAGCAAUCAGUCUUGGUUCUUGACUCCCACCAGUCCUUUGGGGCAAUAUUCUGUGCAGACCAGCCAGCCCCAAAGGGACUCCUAA